AUGAGCGUCUUCCCACAACGAAUGUCAGCCUCUCGCGACAGCGGACUAUCGCUCGGGAUCUCUGCGAACACCAGUAAAGAUAUGAGCUCGAAAGUGCAUCCCGUACCGCAGGAGCCACCGCUUCCGGACGGCUUGACCAUCCUCGACAGUCACGGAGACACGCGUGUGGUCUUCACCGAGCAGCAGAUGACUGCCGACUUGCUCGCGGCGGUGCCCAAGCUGCACGCCGCCACGUCGAGAGACGCGCGACGGAGCCCCAAGUGGUGCCGCAAGAGCCGCAAAGACGGCGUCACGACGUACGGAGCGGCGCCGAGCGCGAAGGGGUCGGACGAUCCGGAUCUCGCGUACGCAUCGCUGGCCAAGACGAAGAUCAAGUGCCACUUGAACGAGGUGCUCAAUGUCCUCGUGAGCCACGAGUCCAGUACGUACCAGAGCACAAUGGCUGCGCUGUGCGGCGACAAGUUCCAGGGCGGCCAUGUGGCGUACCAUCAACGCAGUCGGUUCUCCGCGGACGUCCAUCGCGUGCUUCAAGCACCGCCAAGUGACACGUCGCUGAAGAGGCCAAAGGCGCCGCACGAUGUGCUCCUGAGCGUCAAUAUGACAACGCUCCAGCCGUCGCUGCCCAUGCGGUUCCAGUCCAAGAAGCACCGACAGCCGCAGCGGCUGUGCUUCUCGUCGCUCACGCACCAGUACGCGAGCAACGAGCGAGCUGUGCACGUGAUCAAGACGCUGCCCAAGCACGUGCACGACGAGCUCGUGCCUCCUUCGCAGCGCACUGCCCUGCGGGACCACUUGUGCAAAGAAAUCAGUCAGAAAUCAGCAGGCUUAGAGUAG